CAGCAUAGCGCCGCCCCGCGCGGGCCGCCGUUAUAAAGCAGCCGCCGGCGCCGGGCGCCUCACAGCACGCUGCCACGCCGACGCAGACCCCUGUCUGCACGCCGGCCCGCCCGCACCCACCAUGGCCACAGUUCAGCAGCUGGAAGGAAGAUGGCGCCUGGUGGACAGCAAAGGCUUUGAUGAAUACAUGAAGGAGCUAGGAGUGGGAAUAGCUUUGCGAAAAAUGGGGGCAAUGGCCAAGCCAGAUUGUAUCAUCACUUGUGAUGGCAAAAACCUCACCAUAAAAACUGAGAGCACUUUGAAAACAACACAGUUUUCUUGUACCCUGGGAGAGAAGUUUGAAGAAACAACAGCUGAUGGCAGAAAAACUCAGACUGUCUGCAACUUUACAGAUGGUGCAUUGGUUCAGCAUCAGGAGUGGGAUGGGAAGGAAAGCACAAUAACCAGAAAAUUGAAAGAUGGGAAAUUAGUGGUGGAGUGUGUCAUGAACAAUGUCGCCUGUACUCGGAUCUAUGAAAAAGUAGAAUAAAAAUUCCAUCAUCACUUUGGACAGGAGUUAACUAAGAGAAUGACCAAGCUCAGUUCAAUGAGCAAAUCUCCAUACUGUUUCUUUCUUUUUUUUUUUCAUUACUGUGUUCAAUUAUCUUUAUCACAAACAUUUUACAUGCAGCUAUUUCAAAGUGUGUUGGAUUAAUUAGGAUCAUCCCUUUGGUUAAUAAAUAAAUGUGUUUGUGCUAAUA